CAGGCGCGGCCCGGCCCGGCCCGGCCUGGUUGUCAUGAGAGCGACGGCCGCGGCCCUGGCGCUGGGCGCAGGAGGCCGGGGCUGCUCCUUGGCGGCCACCGCCGCUUUGGCUCGGGGGUGCGGACGGGCGGUGGGCGACGGAGGAGGCGCCGCCUGAGCUCCAGAAGGCGCUGCCAAGGGGCGGCGGAGAGCCCUGAGGACCGUGCAGGCGCCGAGGUCCGGGCGGGCCUUCGGUCCUGACAGCCCAGCGCCCAGGAUGCCCCACAAGAUUGGUUUUGUUGUCGUCAGCUCCUCUGGACACGAAGAUGGCUUCAGCGCCCGGGAACUAAUGAUCCACGCACCAACCGUCAGCGGCUGGAGGUCACCGAGGUUUUGCCAGUUUCCGCAAGAAAUCGUUCUCCAGAUGGUGGAGAGGUGCCGCGUCCGGAAGCUGCAGCUGCUCGCGCACCAGUACAUGGUCCCGAGUAAGGUGGAGUUCUACGUCAGCGAGAGCCUGCCCGGCUACUUCGUGCCCUACCAGGCCGAGCGGUUCCGAAGACUCGGCUACGUCUCUCUCUGUGACAACGAGAAGACGGGCUGCAAAGCCCGGGAACUGAAGUCCGUCUACGUGGAUGCAGUAGGACAGUUCCUGAAGCUGAUUUUUCACGAGAACCACGUCAACAAGUACAACAUAUACAAUCAGGUUGCUCUGGUUGCAGUAAAUAUCAUUGGGGACCCUGCAGAUUUCAGUGACGAAAGCAAUAUUACCUCUAGAGAGAAGCUGAUUGAUCGUUAUCUGGGGCACAGCGGCGAGGACCCAGCUCUGGAAGGAACUUGUACUGGGAAACCUGACUAUAUUUCUCCACUAGAUGACUUAGCCUUUGAUAUGUACCAAGAUCCAGAAGUUGCCCAGAUUAUACGCAAAUUAGAUGAAAGAAAACGCGAGGCCGUCCAAAAGGAACGUUACGACUAUGCCAAGAAGCUAAAACAAGCUAUUGCUGAUUUGCAAAAGGUCGGAGAGCGGCUCGGGCGGUACGAGGUGGAGAAACGCUGUGCGGUGGAGAAGGAGGACUACGACCUGGCCAAGGAGAAGAAGCAGCAGAUGGAGCAGUUCCGCAGCCGGGUGUACGAGCAGCUGCAGCUGCACAGCCUAGUGGACGCCGAGCCGAUGCGAAGGCCUUCUGACCUGCCCCUCCAGCCCCUUGCUCACUCUGCCAGUCCUCGUCACCAACAGCCAGUGCCGUCUCUACUGCAAGAAGAAAGCGCAUCAGACAGCCGGUUUGCAGAGCAUUUCCUUCAGGAAAACCUUCCAGCGCAUCCCCUGGGCCCCUGUCAACGCGCCACAGUGGACCAGUCACCGCCCGCCCCAGACCCUCAUCUCAACGCCCAUCUCCAGUCGGUGCCCUACGAUGAGCGGCCCCUUCCUGCCUCACGGAAGCAGCCGGCAGCAGUGGCUCUAGAACCAGAAAAGAGUGACACUGAUGUCAGCGAGGCUCCCAGAGGAGGUGCUGCUGGGGAGCCGGAGCCCUUGGCAGAGAAGGCCCUGAGAGAGGCCGGCCCCGCCGUGGAUGUGCUCGGAGAAAGCCUGGUCGCGGGGGCCUAUUCCAAGACAUGGUCGUACCGGGAGGACGCACUGCUCGCCCUGCAUAAGCAGCUGAUGGAGACGCCUGCUGGGAGCCCAAAGGAAGAGCUGAAGAGCACGCUGCGUGCAUCUGUCUUUCUCGUGAGAAGAGCCAUCAGAGACGUAGUGACCCCGGUUUUUCAGGCUUCUUUGAAAUUGUUGAAAAUGAUAAUUACGCAAUAUAUUCCUAAACACAAACUGAGUAAGCUUGAAACUGCUCACUGUGUAGAAAGAACCAUCCCCGUUCUGCUCACCAGGACUGGAGACUCUUCUGCUCGCCUCCGAGUCAUAGCUUCAAAUUUUAUUCAGGAAAUGGCCUUGUUCAAGGAGGUUAGGUCUCUCCAAAUUAUUCCAUCUUACUUGGUGCAGCCAUUAAAGACCAACUCUUCGACUCAUCUGGCAAUGAGUCAGAUGGGCCUCCUGGCCCGGCUUCUGAAAGACCUGGGCACCGGGGGCACAGGCUUCACCAUCGAUAACGUGAUGAAGUUUUCAGUGAGUGCCCUGGAGCACAGAGUGUAUGAGGUUCGAGAGACAGCGGUUAGAGUUAUUUUGGACAUGUAUAAACAGCACCGGGCUUUUAUUCUAGAGUACCUCCCUCCAGACGACAGCACCACACGCAAGAAUGUUCUCUAUAAAACAAUUUUUGAGGGAUUUGCUAAAAUAGACGGCAGACCUACAGAUGCUGAAAUUAGGGCACAGAAGAAAGCAGCUACAGAAGAAGCAGAAAAACGAAAGAAAGAAGAAAUUAAAGCUUUACAAGGGCAGCUGGCCGCACUCAAGGACAUUCAGGCCGAAGCCCAGGGGAACGAAGGCCCCUCGGUGGAGGCGGAGAGUCGGGACACACAAGGAGGGAAAGCAGCCCCACCUCCGGCUCCAGAAGUCCCCGGGAGUCACUGUUUAGAUAAUCUGUGCAUCUUCUGUGGGGAAAGGAGUGAGUCCUUCACAGAAGACGGCCUGGACCUGCACUACUGGAAGCACUGCCCCAUGCUGACGAGGUGCGCCCACUGCAGACAGGUGGUGGAGAUCUCCAGCUUGACGGAGCACUUGCUGACGGAGUGCGACAGGAGGGACGGGUUUGGGAAGUGUUACCGCUGCAGCGAGGCCGUCCUGAAGGAAGAGCUGCCCAGACACAUAAAAACGAAGGAGUGUAACCCUGCCAAACCAGAGAAGCUGGCAAACCGGUGUCCUCUGUGCCAUGAGAACUUCUCACCCGGAGAAGAGGCGUGGAAAGCUCACCUCAUGGGCUCAGCGGGCUGCACGGCGAACCUGCGUAAGACCCACGUGCUGCACAAGGCACCCGCCCUGCUGCCGGCAGGGAAAGGUCCAGCCAUGGCCAAAUCAGGGACCUCAGGAUCAAAGGUCGGAAGCAAAAUCCCUACCCCGAAGGGACUGAGCAAAAGCUCUGGCAGGACAUACACUAAGCGGUGACAUGACGCGUUCUGUCUCCUUUGUCCCCACGAGGGCCUGAGCAAGUUUCCUGCCUGUGAACCAUUUGUCCUAAAACCCGUCCUUGGACGUGGUGACCUGUCACCACCCGCGCUGUCCCUCGGCCCCGCGUGUCCUCACCCAUCGCACUGCGUGUGUAGCCGCCCGAAGAACCCCCAUGCCGGAGUUAGGACCAGACCCGCCGCAGCUCAAGCAGCCAGGCUUCCGACCUCCGAGCCCCAUGUGACCCGAAGAGCUUUGGUCUGUUUGAAGGGCAGCGACACCGUUGCCCGGAGGGUCGGCACACGGAGGGUGUAGCGCCAGCACAGCGCCCUCUUGUCACGCGCUUGCGGUGAUUUCCAUAAAUGCUUCCCAGUCAACCUUGUGCUGUUGGUUUCUCCCACGUGGGCCUUGGCCCCCCGCGCAGCAGUCACCGGCCGGAAAGACGGCGUGCACGAGUCUCACCGGGCGCCUUCCCCCCCAGGCGCGAUCUGCCCCCCCCCCCCGCCCGGCACAGCUUCUCACCCGUGUCUGUGGAGCCCGCGUUCCCCACUGUCACAGGUCAUCGAGCAUGGGUCCCCCUGCAGCACUCGCCCAGCACGGGGUCUGCGGCCUUCCCCCCUCGCAGCAGUGCCCCCGGGGGAGCUGAGGUUGUCGCUGCUGUGGGUGCUCACGUCCCUUACGUGUAUGCCGCCCCCUAGCGCCUGAUUGUCCUCUGCUCACCUGGCCACACGUGUCGGUCGGAACAACCCUCUUAAACCCUAGGGGCAGACAUGGCGCUGUUGACCCUGGCGCAGAGUAGCUUCUGGUUUCCGAACCAUCACAAGUGAGCCUCCGGCACAGACCACAGAGCGUCCUCCUCGGGCCUGUCGCACCGCCCCUCCCACGUCGACGCUGGAACUGGGACCGUGCGUUCAUUUUCUCAGACGCGUCCUGUGAUACUUCAAGCACCAAACAUCACUUCCCAUGAAGAAACCAGACCUCGAAGUCCAGUCCCGUCUCCAGCUUCUGAGCAGCCAUCCGGUCCCGGGGAGUGGCUGCGCCUGCUUCCCGUGCACGCGGCUGAGACGGAGCCAGUGCGUGUCUGAAGUCUGCUGGCAGGCGCCCCGUGGUCUCCCCGUGCAGGCCUGUGCUCCCCGCAGCCGAGCCUCCCAGGGACCCGAGGCAGCUGGCCCUUCCUGUCCCACCGUGUGGCCGGGGCGUACUUGGCCGUCCCCCUGAGCGUCAGGCAGGCCUUCAGAAUGCCCAUGAGAACUGGGUGCAACGGAUGAAAUGUGGACUAUAUGGUUAGCGUAUAAAUGUGUUUAAUUCCCAACCGUGUGAAACAACAAAAUGGAUUUUAGGAAACCCCUAACAGCUGUUUGAGCAGUGUGCUCCCGGAGCAGGUUAGUGACCGUGAAUUUGCACGACUCACUCUCCGUUCUGGGCAAACUAAUACCUUCUCGUAUACAGCAAGAGUAAGACUGAGAGAAUUACCCUUAAAAACAAUAACCAGUUAAAAAAUCAGAAGUAUAUGGGGAGAAAUCACGUAAACCUUCAGUGGACAGAGCAGAGUGCAGAUGCCAGCCCGUGACGCAUGAGCCUUCCCAGCUCUGGGAACCGUGGCUCGACCUGCUGGCCCGUCCUCCACGCGAGGACCAGCUGCUUCCGUAACUAGAGCCGCGGUGAUGCGAGUUAGUGAAGGAAUCACUCCUUCCUCUCCGAUCAAAACUUUCAAAUAUAUAUGUCCUAUUUUCUAUAUAUUGUAACUUAAAAAAAAUUGUAAAAAUAUUUAAUUUUACUGAUUGACAAACAACAUCGGGUGCAUUUAAGACCAGUCAGCGUUGCUGGUUAUGGAAGAAUCGUGCAUUUCUCUUGAUCCCUGGCAGUGACUCAUGGCUACUGAAAGCCUUACAGAGUUAUACACUAUUAAGGAACCACAUGGAAAAGAUAAAAAUUUGGAAGGAACUGUAAGAUCCCUUGGCCAUUUAAAAAUAAAUAUGUAAAUUUGGAACAGGAAUUAAUAAUUGACUUUUCAUUCAUGAAUAUGUUGUGGAUAUUUAACUAUUUAUUUCUAUUAUUUUCAUAUUUCAGAAUAUUUUAUCAAGCUAAUUUAAAAGAAAUGUGUCUAUAAAUUUGGCAUCAGAAUACACAUGUAAAUACUUUUAAUGAAAACUUACAGCUUUUUAAUGUUUUAACAUAGUUUUCUAUUUGUCUUUAUUUCGGGUACCAGAAUUAUAAUAUCUAACUAAUAUAUUUUUGUUGUUACUUCAGGGCCUAGGGGUCACUUCACCCUGAGCAUAUUAACAGAAUAAAAAGAUCACUAAA